AUUUCAACCCAAGCCAUUGACCCCGCACAGCUCAGCUUCAGCGUUCUUCUACGCACGAAUCCAAAGCAAUUCAACGUUUUAAUUUACCAGGAGAAAGUAAAGAGUUGGAGCAAUUGUAUGCCCCUACCCCUCCCUACUGAAUAGUAAUCGAGUGACCUUUGAGUAAAUACCAACGACAACAGUGCUAGCAAUCUAGCAUUGAGUGACAACUUCAGUCGCUUCGCGCAAGACUGAGUGUUAAAGGGAACGUGUAGGACGCUUUGAAUCAGUGCGUAAAACCAAACCACAAUCGUCUAUUCAACACAGCCCAUACCAAAGGAUGGAAUAUACUUAAGAAAGCCCGGUCAGUGCUGUUGUGUUAUCUUGAUUUCAGAAACAGGAAAAGAGACAAGAUUGUGGCGGAAUGUCCAUACGUAGUAUCAGUCGAAAAGCGGGAAUCUGUUCUGCAGAUAUUACUCGCGUCAUGUACAUUUAUGUUUUGCUGGCCUUAUUCAUUCAUUUAGGAAAAGUGGACGCGGACAUCACGGUGAAAGCGGAUAAGUCCCUUGCUGAAGUGAACGUUGGAAGACAAGUUUCACUAGUUUGGAGUUACGAUACAGAUCAACAACCCUACGAGGCAGUUCUCUGGGGUAAAGGAGAUUCAAGGGGCAUCAAUUUUGAAGAUAUUUACUUCAUAAAAACUCCACAACAACGGACGCCAGUACUUGAUACGAAAAUAUCUCCAGACACAGCAUCUCGUGUGAAAAUAACUAACCGGGCCACGCUUGUUAUCUCGAAUGCAAAAUACACCGAUAGAGGAUACUACAUUUGCGAAGUGAGAAGUGAUUUUGUAACCCUCAAAAAGAAAAUCUUUCUCGAAGUUUAUGAUCCAGCGAAAAUCACAAAUAGCCCCCUGGCAUUGCUACAGUACAAAGAGGGACAAAAGCAAAGAAUUGUAUGCGAAGCAGAUGGUAUUCCAAAACCGAGUGUAUCAUGGUUAAAGGAUGGCAAACUCCUGAAGAAUGGUCUUAAAAAAGUUGAAAUUGAAUUCAACCCCGUAGUAGAUACAGAUAUGGCAACGUAUAAAUGCGUGGCUCAGAAUAGAGGUGGAAUCGAUGAAUCUGUAACAAACAUCACUGUAUUUUACAAACCCAGGGGAACCACAUUCAGAACAGAUGCCAGCGCAAACACUGUAAGUGCAGGCAGCUCUGUGAACUUCAUGUGCAAGGCAAGAGGAUACCCCAGACCAGAAUACAAGUUCUACAUCAGGACGGGCUCCAAGAAAGAACGGAAGUUAGACUACCGCGACGCAGAACGAAGCGGGAAGAUCUCUAACCUUGGUAUUUUAGACUCUACAUGGCAUGGAACAUAUAUCUGUGUCCCUCAUAAUAAUCUUGGAGAAGGGCCACGAGAGGAAGUUGUUCUUUACGUCCGAUAUGCGCCAAAAAUAAUUCGACCUCCUCGUGACGCCACAGUCAAUGAAAAGAGCUUCGUUGGUUUUCGGUGUUUGGCAGAUGGGUAUCCUAACCCCGUGAUCACGUGGAUCAAACUGACAGGCAACAAGGUUCUUGCUACUGGUGACUCGUUCCAGAUCUCUAGCGUCACGCGUCAAGAUCAGGGCAAAUAUCAGUGCAGGGCUGAUAACAAAUUUGGAAUACCUGCCGUCGUUGUGUUCAAUAUCAAUGUUCUGUAUCCACCAAUCAUCAACAGGACCAUUUCCAGUCAGAAAGUAGCAGCAUGGGUCGGAUACACAGCUAAGCUAAUUUGCUACGCAGACAGCAAUCCAGAGCCUAAGUAUACCUGGACGAACGCGAGUGGUGUGGUUGCAGUAUCGGAAGUAACCGGAGUCCUUGAUAUUACUCCCACGGAUGAUAGUGCGUUUGGGGACUAUACCUGCGAAGCAAAGAACCCACGGGGAAGGGAUUCCCACACCAUUACAUUGAUUAAAGUUGGAAAACCCGGCCCAGUUUCUCUCAAAAUUACCGUAAGCAUGAUAAGGAGCCUGCGAUUUGGGUGGACAGUACUGGACAGCGGUCAAAGCGACAUAACGCACUUUACGGUUCAGUAUCGUAAGGUUGGAGAUGAACAGAAGAAGUGGAAAAGCACAUCUCUACAAGCGUACGAAACAGAAUAUGAACUAAAAGACCUUGAACCCUACACAUCUUAUGAAAUCCGAGUGUUAGCGUCGAAUCAGUAUUUUACAAGCGAUGCUUCGUACAUUACGGGUACAACACUUGAAUCAGCUCCAACCAAGCCUAGAGAAGUGGAAGGUUUUCCAGUCAACAAUUCAGCCAUCAUGGUCAAAUGGAAAGAACCCGAGAAGAAAAACGCAGAGAAGCUGGAUAGUUAUACGGUUAAGUACUGCAGGAUUCAAGAAUGUCACGACCUUGGUGACAAGAUGCCUCGAGUAUCCGUAGCUCAUAAUUUUACUUCGAUAGUAAUUGGUCGAUUGCAAGCUUUUACGAACUAUUCCAUUCAGGUUAUUGCAUCGAACAAGGCAGGAUUCUCGAAGAGUGAUACCACGAUAGUCGUCACGGAGAUGGCUGCACCCUCCUCCCCUGAGGAUUUGUCGGUCAAUACCUCGGAGUUCUCUGUACAGUUAAAAUGGCGGCGGCCACGAUUUCUUAACGGAAAAAUUACCAAAUUCCGCGUCCAGUUGUAUUGGAAACUAAGAGAAAACGGUAAGUUCCAUAAAGAGAUCUUGGAAGUCCCAGCUGUCUUAUCGUCCAAAAGAGUCAAGCGAAACCGUCGAGAAAGUGAAGUCACUUUGAAACCCGUCACAGUCGAGGUAUUGAGCCUGCAGCCUUUUCGACAAUUACUGGUCAGCGGACUGCGCCCAUUCGCUACGUACACCCUGAGUGCAAGUGAAGGGACUGGAAAUGAGAAGAAUGGUGUACUGUGGGGACCGUUUAGUGAAGGAAGAGUGGUCUCAAUGCCUGAAGGAGCUCCAAGUGCACCUAAAAACGUCGAAGCAUAUGCAGUGGGACUACGAACCCUGAGCGUAUCUUGGGAUCGACCUGCCUUUCCAAACGGUCGCAUACGGCAAUACUCUAUCGUGUAUUCGAACUCAAGCGGUGUUAACUAUACUUUAAACAUACAGAAGGAUCUAAAUAACCCGUCGUUGAAGUAUCAGAUAUCUGGACUACGGCCAUAUACACCGUACAGAAUUCGGAUAAGAGCCUUUACGUUGUAUCCAGGUCCUUUCUGUGCCCCGGUCUUCGUCAGUACGGGAUUGAAAAGUUCAGAUGUGGCACGUCGAACAAAAGAAGUAGACUCUGGUUCCUUAUUUGGAGGCGUCUUUGCUGGGAUUAUCUUAUUUGCGUUCGUUGUUAUCAUAGCUGUUUUAAUUAUAAGGAAUCGACGAAGAAAAAGAGACUCAACCGAAUUGAAAGGCAACAGAUACGGCGUGGCCAACUCGAACGACAGCGGUAUAGGAGAAAAAGAAUCCUUGGACAACAUGCCUGGCGUCAAGUUCUUACACGGAACAAGAAGAGGCUCAGAAGAGGUAAUGGGUCCCGGUGGCUUCAUUACCUUGAAGCCAAUCCCGAUCAACAGGCUGGCUGACUACUGCAAGCUCUAUCACAAGAAUAACAACAAAUUGUUCCGAGAAGAAUUCGAGUCUAUACGUCCUGCUAUACAGUCAUCAGAACACAGCCACAAAGAAGAUAACAAACUUAAGAACAGAUAUCAGAAUAUCGCGGCUUAUGACCAUUCUCGCGUAGUGUUAUCAGAAGUUGAUGGCGUUCCUACAUCUGACUACAUCAAUGCUAACUUUAUCGAUGGUUAUAACUGUCGGAAGAAGAGCAUCGCUACUCAAGGCCCCGUGUCCAAUACGUUCAAUGAUUUCUGGAGAAUGGUCUGGGAACAUCAUUGCACCACCAUUGUCAUGGUUACCAACAUCAUUGAGCGUGGCAAGGUGAAGUGUCUAAAGUACUGGCCAAGUGCGACCGCAGAGGAGUAUGGGUCAUUAUUGGUCACCCCUCUUGAAGAGGAGGAACUGUCGCAUUACGUCAUCAGGAAAUUCAGUCUAUCAUUGAAUAAUAAUAGUGAACAGCCGGUGCAUCACGUGACUCAGUACCACUACACUGCCUGGCCAGACCAUGGCGUACCAUCACAUGCUACCUCUUUACUGGCCUUCAUACGUCGAGUGAGGGCAUUGCUACCUUCAAAUCCUGGUCCUGUGGUUGUACACUGCAGUGAUGGUAGUGGUCGUACUGGUACAUUCUGUGCCAUCAGUAUAGCAUUAGAGAGAGUGAAGCUGGAUGGAACCAUCGACAUGUUCCAGACUGUAAGGAACUUAAGAACCCAGAGACCACUAAUGGUCCAAACUCAGGAGCAGUAUAACUUUUCCUACCAGGUUGUUCAGCUAUUCGUCGACGCCUACAGCGACUAUGCCAACUUUAAAUAAUACAGAAUUUUUAGUAACAUCCUUAUUUGGAACAUCCUUAUUUGGUAGAUUCUUUUCGUGGCAAGUUCCAUAUUUGGUAAAAUCCUCAUUUGGUCACUACUGUAUUUGGCACCUUCCAUAUUUGGUCACUACUGUAUUUGGCACCUUCCAUAUUUGGUAACUACUGUAAUUGCGGGUUACUUCCAUAUUUGGUCACUACUGUAUUUAGCCGCAACUUCUAUAUUUGGUAACAUCUUCCGUAGUUGGUUUACAACCUUGAGCCAAAUAAGCGAGUUGGCCUAAGCACAAAAGAGGGCAAGAAACACGUUGCGUUCAAGUUGUAAAUUAAUAAUCAAGCGUGGACUCGGGAAAGAGAAAAAAUAUUGUUCCAACAAGGAACCAAACUGUCUCCAGUCAAAGUGUCAAUUCGAUAUAAAAGAUUCAGAAAUAAUUGUGAAAGUCACUUACUUGGAAUAUUUCCAAGACAAAUUGGCAUGAGAGUUUUUAUUGCUUCCUAGCAGUUGCAAAUUACGAUAAUGUACUGCUGGAGUGACGAGAGAUUAUCAAGCACUUGAAUUCAGUAAAUGAACGUUCGACGUUA